AAAAGAUCACUCAUACCACAAAAAAAUCAGAAGAGGGGGAAACAGCGUGGAACUGGAAAAGUGAGUGAGUUGAGGAAAAUGGCGAAUAUUGUUGGUGGAACUGGAAAUCCAACGAUCGUGUGGAAUGAAGGAACAAAGAGGUUUGAAACAGAUGACAAGAAAGCAUACUUAGAGUAUGUCCUCAGAGAUAACGGAAAAGUGAUGGAUUUGGUACACACUUUUGUUCCUCCUUCUAAGAGAGGUUUGGGUUUGGCUUCUCACCUAACUCUCGCUGCCUUUAAUCACGCAUCCUCUCAUUCAUUAUCAGUCAUCCCCACCUGUUCUUACAUCUCUGAAACGUUUCUUCCGAAGAACCCAUCCUGGAAUUCUGUCGUGUACAAAGAGGGUGGCCAAUCUAAUAUGUAAACUUACUAAACACCUAGAUGUUCUAAACGCUUGUAUGUUUUCAUCAAAAUCUAGCCAUGCUGCGAUUAAGCGGCUCUGCUACCCAGAAUAACUGUGUUUGGAUUCAUGUCAGAGUACCAAAUUUGAUUAAUAAAAACUGGUGUUUGGUAA